AUAGCCGGCCAAUUUGUUUAGUUCUUUUGGAACAUUAUUCUUAAUUAAUUACUCUCUCAGAUACUAUCUACUUCUUCCUCAUGAUCAUCAGUUCCAUCCAGAUAAUAUUAUUGUACUGCCGUCCAGGUCCAAAGUUAGCUACUAUGUAAUGUUUCACCCCUUUCUUUUUGUUUAAGUCUACAGUUUUCCACUCUUGAUAUCAUCCAUCCAUUUCUUAUCCAGAGGAGACCAUAUAUUAUACAUACAUAUCUUACAUAUAUACAGUGAAGUUAUGAACGACACUACUAUUAGUCCUGAAGAUAAAGAUACAAUAUCAUUGCGCGUUGAUUAUGAGAAGCAAUAUUAUAAUUCCGAUCCCAUAAAAGAUGGAUCCGGACAGGACACACCAAAGGAACAUGUCAUAAAAGUAGAGAAACUGUUGAACCCUUGGGCAUCUUACCCUCAGCUGUGGAACAAGAUCUUUUUAGCAUCAUGUGUGAUCGGGGUCUCAAUCGAUCCAUUGUUCCUCUACGUUCCGAUUAUAAACGAGGACAAAAAGUGUCUCGAUGUAGACGAACCUAUGAUGUAUGUGGCUCUUGUUCUACGAAUCAUCACAGACUUUGCUUACUUACUUCACCUCAUUUCUCGGCUUACUAGUGCACUAAAAAUGGCUAAGGAGCUCGGAUUAUCCAUAUAUACCGGUCUUCCUUGGUCUUACCUUCUAAUUGAUGUUUUUGCCAUUCUUCCUCUCCCACAAGUGAUAGUUUUGAAAUACUUUUCUAAGAUCGCGGGCUCCAAAUCUUUGACCACAAGGAAGUUCCUAAACUUGUUACUUCUGCUCCAAUAUGUUCCGCGGAUUCUUCGUGUUUACCUAUCUGCCAAAGAGCUUGGAAGGACUUAUGAUUCACUCACUAGACGUGUAUGGGUCAGAGGGGCCUUCUUUUUCUUUCUCUACAUCAUUUGUGGUCAUGUGUUUGGAGCUCUUUGGUACUUCUAUGCCAUUUUUCGUGAGACGGCAUGUUGGCACCGUGCUUGUAAAAGUUACCCCGGAUGCGUUCCUAGUAAUUUCGAUUGUCGCCGAAAUCCACCACUGAAGAACUUGACACACUUGAAUGAGUUUUGCCCUGUAGAUCCGCCAGAUAAGGCGGUUUUUGAUUUUGGAAUGUUUGCUGAUGCCAUCGAGUCUCGUAUACUUCACAAAACAAAUUUUCUUAGAAAAUUCUCUCGUAGUUUUUGGUGGGGUUUGCGAAACUUGAGUUCUUUUGGUCAAAACCUGGACACAAGUGGCAAUGUAGAGGAAAACCUCUUUGCAGUUCUUAUUUCUAUCUUGGGCUUACUCUUAUUUUUAUACCUCAUAGGAAAUCUGCAGACAUAUAUGCAAUUGGCAACCACAAAAUCAGAGGAGGCAAGACGGAGGAUAAGUAUCAAACAACCUGAAAUCGAUUCUUACCUAUCCAACCUCCCGGCACAUAAAAGGAAAGUGAUCAUGCGGUACCUACGACGCACGAUUAAAGAAGACAAAGAUUUCGAUGUCAAACGCCUGUUUUCUCUUCUUGAAGAGCAUACUGAUCAUGGUCAACACAAGAGCGAGACAUUUGCAGAAUGGGUGACCAAAAUAUUGGACGUGAAAAAACAUGACAGGAAUACAUCAGAGCUAAAGGCAGAGUUGUGGAUAUCAAGAAACAGAAUUCCUCAUGAUAUAAAGCAGAAGAUUAUGAGAUAUGUACGGCUGAGAUUGCAAGAAGGCAAAGAUGUAGAUAUCAGCAAUCUUCUGCCUAUUCUUCCCUUUGCACUUGGAAUGUCUGUCAAGAAACACCUUUGCUUCCCUAUGUUGAAAAAAGUGCCAAUGCUUCAAAACAUGAAUGAUAACGUAUAUGAAACGGUCUGCAACUAUCUGAAGCCAGUGAUCUACAAAGAGAAGAGCUAUAUCAUUCGGAAAGGAGAACCACUAGACUUCAUACUCUUCAUCACGCAAGGCAUUGUGUGGAAAUUUGGAAGUGACACUGAUGUUGCCGUCGAGCGCCUUCAGAAAGGCGAUUACUACGGAAAAGAACUUUUGGAAUGGCAAUUGAACUCGACAUCCUACUGCGACUUCCCCAUCUGCGUGGCCAACCUCAAGUGCCACAUGAAAGUUGAAGGCUUCGCUCUUAUGGCCAGUGACUUGGAGCAUGUGCUCUCCAAAUGCUGGUCCAAGUUCUCUCAUCCGAAUGAGCCCAUGUCUGAGGGCUUGAAGCCUUUCGCGGCUGCUUCCUUGCAGCAAGGAUUCCGGCUUUUCAUGCGGCACAAAAAGGCUAAUAAAGACGAUCGGCUUCAGCAUAAAUAUCUAUUAAUAGAUAUGCAUUGAUGAUGGGCCCAUGAGCAGUUGUAUUUUGUUACUUGUUACCAAAAAUAUAAAGUUAGCAAAAUAUAAAGGGUGUUGUUCAGUAUGAUUCUUGGAUGACAAUAACUGUGACCCUCUAAGAGGCUUUUACCUAACAAGCUCUGUCCAUAUUCCAUAGUUGUCUACUAAAAUUCUCUGAUCAAAUUCUAAUACUAGCUUUUAAGUUGGACAUUUUUUUUUUCCGAGGGUAAUAUUGUCCUUUCACAUUUAAAUUGUUUUUCUUUUU